AUGGAUCCCAACUGGCAACAGUAUCACGACCCGGCCGGGGCUUCCUCGCGCCGUCAUAAUGGCAAUGCGCAGAUGUCUCCUCCUUCUGCUGGCCAGCACCAGCCGCCUGCCGGCUACGCUUAUGACCAGUAUCAUCCCGCCGCCGCUAUCCCCGCUGCCGUUGCUGCUGCUCCUGCCGUUCAUCACGGGAACCCGGCCGUCUCCCCCAUGGCCGCUGGUCAGCCUCGCGACGGAAAUGGCGACGUUGCCAUGCGCGACGCCAUCGACUCCCAUGCUGGCAUCAAGUACGCCAUGAGGCCCCAUCACCAGCAGCACAUGUCGGGUGGUCGUGCCGCUUCGCUGCACUCCCCUCACGAUCAGCCGUCGUCGGCCGCUCAGCGCUACUCGCCAAUGGAGACGCUCUCGCCCACCUCGCCGUACGGCGCCGCCAAGCAGAGCCAGUUUUCUGGCCCGCCAUCUCAGACGCAGUCUCCUGCGGGCGCAUCUGAAUAUCCUCAGAGCCCUUACUACGCUGGUCGUCCGCAAAACGCGCAGCUACCCCCCAUGUCGCCUUAUGGCCCCAGCGGCACCGAUGGCUACCCCUCCGCCACGGUCGCCCAUCUCGACGGCACUUUCAACACCAAAUCGCCGCAGCGACCCAAUGCCCCGACAGUCAAGCGCGUCCCCGAGUUUCGCAAGCUGCGCGCCGUCUCGGAUCUCCAGCCAAAGAACAAUCGUCAGCCAGCCUUCCGACGAGCGAACCCCGAAGGUGGCUUUAUCAGCCCUCUUCAAGCUCUUACAGCCCAUCUACCGGCUACCUAUCGAAUCUGCAACCCGAGCUUCAAGUACGAAACAUCACGGAACCCCCGCAGAGUCUUGACGAAGCCCAGCAAGGGCAGCAAGAACGAUGGCUAUGACAACGAGGACAGCGAUUACAUUCUAUACGUCAACGAUAUUCUGGGCUCCGAGGAAGCUGGACACAAAAACCGGUACCUCAUUCUCGAUGUCCUCGGCCAGGGAACGUUUGGGCAGGUCGUGAAAUGCCAGAACCUCAAGACCCAAGAAGUCGUAGCCGUCAAGGUCAUCAAGAACAGAACAGCCUACUUUAACCAGAGCAUGAUGGAAGUAUCAGUUCUGGAUUUGCUCAACACCAAACUCGACAAAAAUGACGAUCACCACCUUUUGCGACUCAAGGAUACUUUUAUCCAUCGCCAACAUCUUUGCCUUGUCUUUGAACUGCUUAGUGUCAACCUGUAUGAACUCAUCAAGCAGAAUCAAUUCCGUGGUCUCAGCACGACUUUGGUCAGAGUCUUUGCCCAGCAGCUGCUCAACGGUCUUGCCCUCCUCAACAAGGCCCGGCUCAUCCAUUGCGACUUGAAACCUGAAAACAUCUUGCUGAAGAAUUUGGAAAGCCCAAUAAUCAAGAUUAUUGAUUUCGGCUCCGCCUGCGAUGAACGACAGACGGUCUACACAUAUAUCCAAUCGAGAUUCUAUCGAUGCCCCGAGGUCCUGCUAGGACUGCCAUACUCGUCAGCUAUCGACAUAUGGUCUUUGGGCUGCAUCCUGGUCGAGCUUUUCCUGGGCCUGCCAUUGUUCCCCGGCUCUUCCGAAUACAACCAAGUCUCCCGCAUCGUGGAGAUGCUUGGCAACCCUCCUAGCUGGAUGCUGGAAAUGGGCAAACAGUCAGGCGACUUUUUCGAGAAGCGCCAAGACGAAUAUGGCCGUCGCACCUACCAGCUGAAGAGUAUGGAACAGUAUGCUCGCGAACGCAACACUAAGGAGCAACCCAGCAAGAAGUACUUCCAAGCGAGCACCCUACCAGAGAUCAUCAAGUCCUACCCAAUGCCGAGAAAGAACAUGAAACAGAGCGAAAUUGAUCGAGAAAUGAAUAACCGAAUUGCUUUUAUCGAUUUUGUCCGAGGCUUGCUCAGCAUCAACCCCCUCGAGCGCUGGUCACCGCAGCAGGCCAAGCUGCACCCUUUUAUUACGCAGCAAAAGUACACCGGUCCAUUCGUGCCGCCGAUGAACCUUAAGUCUAGUUCUCUGAACAGAUCGCCAGCACCAGGAACACACCAACAACAACAAGCGGAGGCCCUCAGCAAGCAGCGUGCGCAGGCGGCUCAGGCCCAGGCCCAGGCCCAGGCUCAGGCACAAGCCAACUCGGUCGCUCAAGGACCAGCCUACGCCAACAUGCCGCCCGGCAAUUACGCACAGGCCGGCCACCAGCAAGCCCCGAUGUACGGAAACAACCCAAUGUAUGCCCCAGGACCUGCUGCACACGGCAAUGUCGCCUCGCCUUACGUUCCGCAAGGAGCCCAGUACAACCCAAUGGUUAUCCAGCAACCUUCCCAGCCUCAGCAGUUGGCCCCGGGACCUUAUGGGAAUGUUCCGCAGCAAAAUAUGUAUCCUCAAGGAGGCAUGCGAACCAAUCGGCAGCGCGCUUCCACCAUGGAGCAACAACAGAGCGGUAUCCCUGCUGCCAUCCAGCGUGUUGCCAGCCAUCUUGACCCUACGCAACCGAUUCGUUUGCAGCCAAGUCCUGCCUACUACCCUCCACCUGGCGAGAUGAUGCCCGGUGCCGAUAAUGCGCCCCGCACCGGCCGCCGCGGCAGUCGUGCGCAGCAAGGACGAAGCAACCGCGACUUUAUUCGCAAUCUGGAAGAAAGAACCCUAGAAGAAGGCUACACUGGUGGCCAGAAUCCGUGGCAUUGA